AGACGGAAGCCCUCCGCCUGGGGGUGGCGGUAGAACCCGGAUCCCAGAAUUCCACGUUCUUCGGAGCGGGGCUUCUGGAGACGGCGGGUGGGAAAACCCGGCGCCCGGAAGCCUUUGCUUUCUUUGACGCAAGGGCUCGGGACGCAGCCGCCGUCGGCUGAGCGCCCGGCGAGGAGCGACCCCAGACGGAGCCUUCGGAGCCCCUCCGCCCACAAGUCUCCAGGUCCCCGAGCCUCGGUCUUCCUCGCCGCCCUACUCGUGGCCAUGGAGUGUCCGCACCUCAGCUCCAGCGUCUGCAUCGCUCCGGACUCAGCCAAGUUCCCCAACGGCUCCCCGUCGUCCUGGUGUUGCAGCGUGUGCCGCUCCAACAAAAGCCCCUGGGUCUGUUUGACUUGUUCAAGUGUCCACUGUGGAAGGUAUGUGAAUGGCCAUGCAAAAAAACAUUAUGAAGAUGCACAAGUACCCUUAACUAAUCAUAAGAAAUCAGAAAAGCAAGAUAAACCUCAGCAUACAGUAUGUAUGGAUUGCAGUAGCUACAGUACAUACUGUUAUCGCUGUGAUGAUUUUGUGGUUAAUGACACCAAGCUGGGACUGGUACAGAAAGUCAGAGAACACUUACAGAACUUGGAAAACUCAGCUUUUACAGCUGACAGGCAUAGGAAAAGAAAACUUUUGGAAAACUCAUCACUAAACAGCAAGUUAUUAAAAGUAAAUGGAAGCACUGCUGCCAUCUGUGCCACAGGACUCCGGAAUCUGGGGAAUACAUGUUUCAUGAAUGCCAUCCUUCAGUCACUCAGUAACAUUGAGCAGUUUUGCUGUUAUUUCAAAGAACUGCCCGCUGUGGAGUUAAGGAAUGGGAAAACAGCAGGAAGGCGAACAUACCACACCAGGAGCCAAGGGGAUAACAAUGUGUCUUUGGUGGAAGAGUUUAGAAAGACACUUUGUGCUUUAUGGCAAGGUAGCCAGACUGCAUUUAGCCCAGAGUCCUUAUUUUAUGUUGUUUGGAAGAUUAUGCCAAAUUUUAGGGGCUAUCAGCAACAGGAUGCCCAUGAAUUCAUGCGCUACCUUUUGGACCACCUGCACUUGGAACUCCAGGGCGGUUUCAACGGUGUUUCCCGCUCAGCAAUUCUACAGGAGAAUUCUGCUCUAUCUGCAAGUAACAAAUGUUGCAUGAAAGGGUUUUACAAGACAAAUUCCCCAAAGACAGAAAAAAAAGAAAAUGGAGCAUCUACAGUUGUCACAGCUAUAUUCGGAGGUAUUCUCCAAAAUGAGGUUAACUGCCUCAUAUGUGGGACAGAAUCUAGAAAGUUUGAUCCAUUCCUAGACCUUUCAUUAGAUAUUCCAAGUCAGUUCAGAAAUAAGCGCUCAAAGAAUCAAGAAAAUGGACCAGUUUGUUCAUUACGAGAUUGUCUUCGCAGUUUUACUGACUUAGAAGAACUUGAUGAGACAGAAUUAUAUAUGUGCCACAAAUGCAAAAAGAAACAAAAAUCCACUAAAAAGUUUUGGAUUCAAAAACUACCCAAGGUGCUAUGCUUACAUUUGAAACGAUUUCAUUGGACUGCAUAUUUAAGAAACAAAGUUGAUACCUAUGUAGAAUUUCCCCUGAGAGGCCUAGACAUGAAAUGCUACUUGCUAGAGCCUGAGAACAGUGGCCCAGAGCACUGCCUGUACGACCUUGCCGCUGUGGUGGUUCACCAUGGUUCCGGGGUUGGUUCUGGACAUUACACAGCCUAUGCAACUCAUGAAGGUCGCUGGUUCCAUUUCAAUGACAGUACUGUAACACUGACUGAUGAAGACACCGUUGUGAAAGCAAAGGCCUACAUCCUUUUCUAUGUGGAACGCCAGGCCAAAGCUGGAUCAGAUAAACUUUAAUACCUCCUUUAAAUCAUUGUUUUUGUCAAAUAUACCGGACAGACAUUUCCAAUUUUCCAUAAAUACUUGAUCCAAGAUUUGAUUUCAUUAUGCACUUUUCAAUUUCCUAUUUUGGGUUUAGUUUUAUUUUGUCAAUGGUAGUGACGUAUUGAACAUGGGCACCAACUAAUUUUUUUUUUUUUUUAGUUCUACCAGAAAACCUCAGCAGAUAUUUUGAUUUGCUGCUUUAGUUGUAAUAAUUCAGUUUUUUAUGUAGUUUCAAGAACUUAGUUCUAUUUGACUUUUUUAUAUUAAUGUUUUUGGUUCUCACUUUGAGGCACAUUUACAUCAAUGCUGUGUUACGUUCACAUGCUGAAAGCAAGAUGUGUUCCUGAUUGGGAAGAGCAACAGAACGCCUGCUGCCUUUCACAGCUGUGAUGGAGAUCAGGUUGAUGGGAGAGCCAGGAUCAUGUGUGCACAGAACUUGUGGCCCACGGGAUUUCAGUGACUGCUCCGUAAUCGUUCCUUUUGAUUGUACAAGAGAACUGGGAGGGCAUCAUUAAGCAGGUCAGGUAAUUGCUGCUCUUAGUAGCUCUCAAGGUUGCUGUUUAUCAGCACUAACUAAAUAAAUUUGUUGGUUCAGUUGUACCUGUACUGCAAAUUCAAGAA